AUGCUAGGAGAGUAUGCGUGGGGGGCUGGAGCACUUGCUUAUCUGUACAGGCAGCUUGGUAUUGCCUCCCGGGCGGAGGCUAAGGGAGUGGCGGGUUGUCUGACUUUACUACAAUGUUGGAUUUACGACCACUUUCCUACUUUGAGGCCUAGUCGGUUGGAGCCACGAGAGCUGGAGCAGGGGCAGGCAGGAGCAUUAAGGUGGCGCGGUACAGCACCCCCGUCGAGUAAAAGGAGGGAUGCACAGAUGCUGGCUUACUAUCGGCAGGCUAUUGAUAGUUUGACCCCUCAGUCAGUUAGUUGGACUCCGUAUGGUCGUAGUCCUCAUCUGACGGUGAGACGUACCUUGUACCAGGGCCUGCUCAGAUUUGCAGAGAUAGCAGAAUAUUAUGAUCCCACUAGGUGCCUCCGACAGUUAGGCUACGUGCAGGGUGUACCGUAUCCACCGGAGCGUCCGCUUGUUGUGCGUCGACCUGCUUCCACGCUUGGAUACUCUCUUAGCUACCAGUCUGUCUAUGAUUCGUAUUGGAACAACUUGGGGGCGCAUAGUGUGCAUCUGGACCUUUUUUCUACUCAGAUACGACGUAGGCCAUGGGAGUUUGCUGAGAAUUACAUGUCUUGGUACAUUAGGCACUCGCACCCACAUAUACUGAGUGACAGCCGACCUGUUGAUGACAUCUCGGAUGCUGAUACGGUUAGUACAAUUAUAUUUUAUAUUAUUUGUAUUAAAUUAUUUGUAACUAAUAUGUAUUUAAAUUGUAUGGUUUUUUAUUACAGUUGUCACGCGAGAUGUGGGUUGAGAUAUCUCCCGUGA